GUAAUUGCCGGCAACUGUGAAACGAGUAGUAGUUGCAUUACGUUCAAAGUAGUUAAGCUGCUCCAUAGGAGUAGGUCAAGUAAACGCUAAACAACACGUAAACAUAACCCAACUUAUCAAAAUGUUAUGCUUGAAAUGAAGCUAUGACGAAUGAAUACAGAUUAAAUCUUUCUAAAAAAAACCUGCCAGAAUUAAGAGAGCUGUACGACAGGCAAAAAGCCAUAAUUGAAAAUAAAUCGCUUGUAGCAAAAUUGAAAGAUAAAGGAGAAAGUGUAAGGGCAUUAUGUGACAAAAUUGAAAAAGAAAUACAACACCGAAAUGAUGUAGAAAGUCUCGAUCUGUCCCUGUCCAACUUAAAAAUUGCUGAUGCAAGAACGGAGUUAGACAAACAUGCUAAAUAUGUAUGUAGUAAAGAUUCACAAGUCGAAGACAGUAGGUAUCGGCCACAUAGAACCUUAAUACCCAAUGAAAGAAAGUCAUUAGAUCAUUCUCCAAAGAAACCGAUUGAAGUAAGUUCCGCUUUUGAACCGUAUCUAUGUCAUAAACCAACACAAUGUGUUUCUUUGCCAGAAUCUCUGGAAAUACAGCAACAACAUUCACGUAAAAUAACAGAGGAGCGCACGAAAAAGUUCUUAGAACGCUUACGUGUAUAUGAAGACAGCGACAGUGAAAGCGAGGGCGAACCUCAAGUUGAAGAUGAAGAUGAUGGUGACAAUUUGAUCGGUGUAAAUACAUUUUAAGUGAUAUAAAUACUUUAUUUUAAAAAUAAACAGUUAAAUUGUA